CUGCGACAAGCUGGCUACCUGCUCUUCCAUGUUCCUUUUGCCCCUCAAUCGGCCAUCUACCUCGGUCGCCCUCCUGGUUAACCAUCCCAUGGAGACUGUCACUCUCUUCUUUCCUUCUUCUUCCCCUUGCCACAUACAAUUCCGCAAUGGCUCCUGGUCCAUUUAGGAAGCCCUUGGGUCUCGAUGUGCCCCGCACCGUUGCGGUCGAGUCGCCGCCUGGCAUUGCGGCACUCUUCGUCAUUCGUUUCGACAUCAAGGCUGGUUACGUGAUAUCCUGGAAACGAACAACCCCUGGGGUUGACAUUGAAGGGGCCGUGGAAUAUAAAUCGCUUCCCUCCGGCUUACACAAUGUGUCAGAGGACUUGGUGUACUUCAUCCAUGAGCAAUAUGCUGGCAUCAGUGCUUUCGUCAAUUGGCCUGCGGAGGAGGCAGAGCGCAACGCGAUGAUGUUCGCCAUUGGAGUGCUUGUGCCCUUGAGCUCAGGAAGGCUGGGCAAGAGCUGGAGACAUGCGCCGAAGCUCAAGGAACUGGCACAGAACUAUGCCCAAGACAUGUCCAAUAUCCAGCCACUUGCAGAGUACUGGGAGGAAUUUCGGACGCGAGAAAGUGACUUGUCUGCCAUGCCUCCCGAUUCUCCUUUAGAAUCUCCACUCAGCUUCCGCCUGAGGGCCCACGGAGACCGAACUGACAGCAUACAUCGGGGUCGCGCAUUUAGUGAUGCCAUCAUGUUGGAAACGCCCAGGCCGGCCCUGACGCCCUUCCACCCAGCUUCUUCCCUUCCUAAUUUUCUAGAUUCAUUUGGUCCCCUGAUAUUCCCCCUCUACAGAGCAGCCCUGCUGCGCAAGCGGGUUCUCUUCAUGGCAGAGCCGCCAGUCCAUGUUCCUUGCAGUUAUGUAUAUGAUCUGUCUUUAUUGGCCUCGUUGCCUAAUUCCCUCCUUCCCCUGCUUCCUCAGAAUGGGCUCCCUCCUCCCCGACCGCGCUCUCUAUUCAACGUGGGCAUACACGAUAUCCCUUACCUUUCUUCCUUCGUGGGCGUUUCCCCGAAUAACGACCGUGACUCAGCCUGGAUCGCUUGCAGCACGGACAGCGUCUUGAGUGUGAAGCCCGAACUCUUCGAUGUUCUAGUCACCUUACCGCCCCCGCAUUCCAGAAACGCGGCGGAGAAGGUGUUCCCCACCGUAUCUAUCUUCCACACCCAGCCCGCCAGAGGUAGAACACCUCAUUCAGUCGUUCUAAAGGCGACUCAGCGGGAUGCGCGACGUUAUUAUACUCUCCGCAAGGGGCUCCGCCACGUUUCCCAGAACGAGGAUACCCGAACAGACACUGACGACGAUUCCGAUGCUGCAUCCACCUACUCUUCCAGUCCCAUAGUUGAGCCCCUCUCUUGGGCUCGUCUGGCAUAUACCUCCUUCAUCUGGUGGGCGUCCGCGGGCGAAAAGCGCGAUGGUCUAUCCGAAGAAGAGGAAGAAGAGCAUCAGAUAGAGCAAGACACGCGCCUCCUCGCUAGCGUCGAAAUUCUUCCCAGCCCUCCCUUAGGCUCCGUCGGCCGUCGAAGCAUCCAGCCCCACGAGUCCGCGCAGCAGCCCGCGGAGAUCGCUCUGGUCGCAUACUUCCGUCGCCUCACCACACAAAUCUUCGUCACCUUGUCCGACGUGAUCGCCCGCCACGACAGUCGCAACCUCCCGGACGACGAGGACAAUGACGACCUCCUUCCCGACAACGAUGAACAACCGUACGAAGACGACGAGCCGGAAAACGACACCGACCCCUCUCUUGCCAUUGGCCGCCAAUCCACCCAAGAAGACGACUUCCACAGACCACUCCUUGCGCGGCAAUCCUCGGGGAGUGCCAGCGGUAGCACCCAGGAGGACACCAAGCCCGUCAAGAUUACGUCCGAAGACCUGACCGAAAUGGGCCUGGACGUGUGGAGCGCCGCCGACCGGGUCUUCGUCGAGGAGCUCGUCAUGCUCUGGUGGGGUCGGAAGGCGUACGUCGAGAGCGCCCGGAUCAGAUGUUGUGGUAUCUCCAUCGUAUAGGUUUGCUUGUACUGUAUUUACUGCCGUGAUACUCCUAGCCAUCUUUUUCCUGCUUCCUGUCUGUUUCUUUUUUCCGUCGGAUAGCUCUGAUGAACGCACAAGAAGACAUAGUAUAUAUUCGUAGUAAACAACUGUGAUA